AUGCCAUCUGUGCACAUUGUUGAAGGACCCACCAUAUGGAUUAUUGGGGACAGUUACGUACGGCGUGGUCGCGACCGGGCAGCCGAGACCCUUGGUCACAAUUUAGGGAUGGCGGCCCACGUCCAGUGGUUUGGCCGCGGAGGACUCCGCUGGAGCAGCCUGGUGCCGUGGCUUUUUCGCUUGCUACGGGGACGGUCCGCCCCGGCUGUCCUGCUCAUCUGCUGCGGCAGCAACGACCUCGGGAAGGUGAAGAGCGUGGACUUGGUCGCAGCGAUGAAGCGGGACCUUCUGGACCUCCAUAGGCGGUAUCCAUCGAUGGACAUUUUUUUUUCGCAACUGACCGAUCGCCGCCUGUGGAGGGACGCCCAGCCGGGGCGGAUCAAUCGGUUUAGGUCAGGCCCCUGCACCCGUGUGCGAGGCCCCUGCACCCGUGUACGAGGCCCCUGCGCGAGGCCCCUGCACCCGUGUGCGAGGCCCCUGCACCCGUGUACGAGGCCCCUGCGCGAGGCCCCUGCACCCGUGUGCGAGGCCCCUGCACCCGUGUGCGAGGCCCCUGCACCCGUGUGCGAGGCCCCUGCACCCGUGUGA